AUGUGGAAUGUGCCAUUGAGCUCGCCAAAGUCUCCAUUGUUUGCGCUGGGGGAUGUUAACAAUGCGCUCGAUCGUCAGUACAUCGUCGUCGACGAUUUCUGGCCCAAAGUCGACUGGAACCAGCUGAACCAGACAGCAGGUGGUGACGAUGUGACCGCCCAGUACGAUCUUAGGCCGGACACGAUUGGCUCUCGCGCCAAGGUCUUUCAUCCACAACCGGCUUAUCAUCAGGCGAUAUACGAGGCAAUCGUAAACCAGUAUCUUGCCGACACUUCACCAGCUCCAGUAAGCCCACCGCCUUAUCAACCUGGCACAUGUUGUUUCCACCUCGAAGAGUGGAAAGACUGUAACCCGGAAUCAAAUGACUUGUACACAAACAUCAUCCUGCUCGACAACAGCAAGAAUGUCAUCUACCGGACGCCGGCGUCGUAUUUCGAUAAUAACGGUCUGGGCGAUCCAAUCAACGAGGCCAACGGUACUACUGUCCAAGACCCUCUUCCCUAUUCACUCGCCAUCACUAGAGAGCACGAGAAUGACUAUAUUCAAUUUAUUUAUGGAGACCUGAGCUGGCAAAGCAAGAGCACGAACGGAGAAGCUCAAUGUAUCGUCGGCGGGUGGAAUCCUCGCGACGGACCCGUGCCCGGAUGGGGUGUCUGA